GAUGUACUCGUAGCGAAUGUACGUCAUUGUUCACCGCCGGACUGUCGCGGUUUGUCGGGAUGGAAUUAACGCUGCCUCAGUAAAACAGCAAUGAACAAUGACAAUAGUUGACAAACCAAGAGAGACUUCUGAGUCUGGUCAGUCUGAGCCCUCUGGCUCCCUGACCCCCUCCUCCUCUGGAGACAUGGACUCAAGCUCAGCGAGUUGGGGCGCUGUAUCAUCUGCCUUGGACGCCCCUAAAAGUAAAGCCUCUUCUGUAGGACCGACCCCGGGAGCUGCUGUUUAUUCCAGUAGUACAACACCUGUGCAAGAGAAACCAAAACCCACCAUACACAAGGAUCAAAACUUGGCAGGGGGCGGAGAUGGGAUCGCUCCUCCACAGAAAGUUCUAUUUCCAGUGGAGAAACUCUGCCUAAAGUGGCAUCAGAUACAUCGAAUUGGAGCUGGACUCCAAAAUCUGGGCAACACUUGCUUCCUGAACUCGGCUCUGCAGUGUCUCACCUACACAGCCCCCCUCGCCAGCUACAUGCUGUCCCGUGAACACUCCAAAACAUGCCACGAGGCUGGAUUCUGUAUGAUGUGCACAAUGCAGAAUCAUAUCACCCAGGCCUUUGCCAACUCUGGAAAUGUCAUAAAGCCCAUGUCUGUCAUAAAUGACCUAAAACGUAUCGCCAAACAUUUUAGAUUUGGGAGCCAAGAGGAUGCACAUGAAUUUCUCCGUUACACUAUUGAUGCUAUGCAAAAAUCGUGCCUCCCUGGAAACAAGUUGGACAGACAAACGCAGGCCACCACAUUAAUACAUCAGAUCUUUGGGGGCUAUUUGAGGUCCAGAGUAAAAUGUCUGAAUUGCAAAGCGGUUUCUGACACUUUUGAUCCGUAUCUGGAUGUUGCUUUGGAUAUUAAGACUGCACAAAGCAUCACCAAAGCACUUGAACAGUUUGUAAAACCGGAACAGUUGGAUGGAGAAAACGCUUACAAAUGCACCAAGUGCAAGAAAAUGGUUCCAGCAUCAAAGAGGUUUACAAUACACCGAGGAUCCAAUGUGCUUACCAUAUCCUUGAAGCGUUUUGCCAACUACAAUGGGGGCAAGAUCACAAAGGAUGUGAGGUAUCCAGAAUUUCUGGAUAUUCGUCCGUUCAUGUCACAAUACAAUGGGGAGCCAAUUCUAUAUGGCCUGUAUGCCGUUUUAGUGCAUUCUGGGUUUAGUUGCCAUGCUGGACACUACUAUUGUUACAUAAAGGCCAGUAAUGGACAGUGGUACCAGAUGAAUGAUUCUAUAGUAUCCACUAGCGACAUCCGGUCAGUACUCAAUCAGCAGGCUUAUGUACUGUUUUACAUCAGGUCUCCAGAUAUUAAGAACGGAGGCGAUUAUAAUCAUUCCACACGCACCCCAGGACAGUCCUCCCCUCGCCCCAUAGUGAGUCAGCGCCUGGGUGGCACCAAGCAGCAGACAACAGGCUUCAUUGGACCACAGCUCCCCCCUCAUAUGGCUAAGAGUUCCAACCACAUCAAUGGAAACGGCUGCGUGAAGGAGGUUCCCUGCAGUUCCAAGGCGAGUUCCAGCAACACUGUUAUAAACAGGAUGGGGUCAAGCCAGCCUUCCACUUCUUUCAAGAACCGUGCGCUCAGCAGGCCCACCAUUAUUCCAGAACCCGCUAAAAGGCCAAAGCUGACCUUCCAAAUUGGACAGAGCAAAUCAGCACGUCCUUCCCAUUCCCAGCCCAACUUUCACAGCAGCCCCCUGGACAACCUGUACAAACCCAGCACUUCCACAUCCGCCAUCAUCCACUCCUCAACCGCGUCCUCCUCCUCCUCUACUGCACAGUCUACCUCAGGAGCACCCAGCUCUACGGCUCCAGCCACAGUAUCGCGAGCCGACACGCCCCCUGAUCCCCCUCGUUCUAAGAUGAAUGGCAACCCUAAACGUAGUGCCAGCUGCCUCGUUCCGUAUGCAGAAGAAUCCUCUGAAGAAUCGGAUGAGGAGCCUGGUCCUGUUACAGCAAAUGGGCAUGCAAAGCCCCUCAAUGGAACAGUUAAUGGAAAUAGAUUGGGCACAUUCCCGACCUCAAGUGCCACUCGUCCACUUCCAGACCUCGGACAGAAUCAUUUGGGUGUACCUCAUUGCAAGGCAGAGUUGAACGGCCUGACCACUAUGGCAGUGGAGUCUGAAGAUACCAGGCUCAAGGUUGAAACAGUGAGCUGCCCAUUCAAGCAUAGUAAAAAACCCAUUCAGAAUGGCUUGCUAAAAACGAACGGUUUUAAUCACAGUGAUAAGCUAACUUCUGAUGCAUCUAACACUGUGGAAAGCAUUGGUACCAGUACUACAAAUGGACCAGAACCCGCUAAAAGGCAAAAGCUGACUUCUCAUGUCGAACAGAGUGAAGAAGAAAAAAGUCAUUGUUUACCCUCAAGGGGGACAACUUUUCCAGCAGCUGCUACUUUUGUCAAUCCCUGUGUGGACAGGGUUCAAAAUCUGGAAAAUUGUUCACCCGCCUCUCCUAUAGAUGCAGUCAGGUCUCCAGCCCCUGAACUGUGUGAUAAAACUCUUCUUGAAGAAGAAAGGGCUGGCAAUACUACCAUGAACAACAAAACCUCUCCCCAUGACCCUGACGUUCCUGUUAAUAGUAAUACUGAUAACAAACCAAACCCUAAUAGGGAAACUAAGAUGUUCCAGAUAAAGAGUGAAAAUAAGCAUUCUCCAGAAGAGGUUCCGAUCACUCUCAAACAAUCUGUUGCAAGUACAGGGGAUCCUGUCCAGCUUCAGACGAGGCACUCCACUGGCUUGAAAAGUCCUGUUAGCUGUGAAAAUGUUGGUAAACGUGUCAUAUUAAACACUACUAAUUCUAAUAUAUCUCCUGUUGGGGACAAAGCCAAGGAUCAGAUGAAGACAUGUCUUGAGACUAUAAAGGAAGAAAGUCAAGAAGCCAUAUCAGAAUGCAGACAGUCCCCAGGGAAAGACAGGUGUGCUGAAAACAGGAAGCUGACAUCUCGGAUAUAUGAACAGCCGAGCACCUCAGCUCAGUCUGGUAGCAAGGAAGCAGAAAGGGAGGAGAAAAGCAAAAUCACAGAAGUCCCUUCACGUAGCACAGAGAAAGACAAACCCAGAAUAUCUGACAGGGAAAAACAUAUAAACAAAUCAUCCUCUCUUUAUAACGAGAGAUAUAGUCAAGAUAAACGUAAGCUUUCUGAGAAGUAUAGGUAUCAUGAUGCUCGAUCUAGAAGUAGAGAAAGAACGAACCACGAAAAGAGUAGGCUGCAUGAUAAAGACUAUUAUUCCUGUAAACAUCAAUCCCGUAGCAGAGAUAGAUCCCAUAGUAGGGAUGGGUAUUAUAGAGACAGAGAAAAGGACUGGAGGGGGGAAAGACACACUUACCACAGCAGGGACUCUUACUACAGGUCCAAAGAGGACCUGGACAGGGGGUUCCCUCAAAGCGAUAGAGACUAUGAGAAGUCAUCCAGUCACUAUAACAGCAGCUGGCUUCACAAAGAAGAGCCUUACUCUAAGCCCCGAUGGGUGGACGGGAUGAUAAGCAAAGAGAACGGCUAUGAAGACUUUGGUAAACAACCACUUGAUUACAAUAGUAAACAACCACAUGAUUACAAUAGGGGUAGAUUAGAUUCCAACCAUAUACCACAUUCCUCCUCCUCCUCCCACUAUUGCGAGCACGUCAAGGACAAACGCACCUCGGGCUCCAGUGGGAGGAGCUCGGAACACAAUAGCGAGCGUCGAAAACACGAGAGCAGGCGGCACUACAAUGACCGCGACGCUGAGGAUAGCGGCUCAGAAAGGAAGCGGAGGAGACACCGGCGGGACGAGUCUUCGGAGGAGAGGAAACACAAAAAGUCGAAGAAGAAAAAGAAGUCCAAAGAUAAAUACAAAGACAGGGACCACAGAAGUCACCAGUAUUCUUCUGAAGCAAAUUCAGAUAGUGAUGCAUUGAAACACAAGAAAAAGAAGAAAAAGAAAAAACACAGGAGUGACGUUUCGGAUCAAGAGAAACUCCAGCGCUCCCGGUACCGGAAGCAGGACUGCAGGUCUGGGGAUGAGUCAGACAGCAGCAACAAGGCACCCAAGAGCAAGGACUUCAAAGGAAUGGACAGCAGGAGGGACGGUCAGAAACUGUAUUCAGAGGAGAAGGAAGAAUUACCUCAUAAAGAAAAGAAUUCCCAAGCUGAGAAUGAACAUCACCGAGGUUGUAGGUCCCCUAGAUCAGAUGCUGAAAUGUACAGGUGUCCUUUAAAUGCAAUGGACUUGGAAGCAAAGAACAAAUCUGGAAAUGGAGCUGACUGUCAAUCUUCUCUCAGUCUGGAGAUUGAAACAGGUGAGUGACGAAACAUCUGCCGUAGAGGAAACUGCUCAGAUGAUGGUUCAGUCUGAAUGAUCCUGUCUUUAGUAUUUUUAUUUAAAACUGGAAAGAUGGUAGGGAACCAUGAGUUCUAAACUACAACAGCCCUUCCACAGCACAUUUCAUCCUUGUAACAAAACAUGUCAAAUGAAGAAGUUGUUUCUCUUUUUGAACCUUGUAACUGAAAGUUCUGCCAGCUGCUAGAAACUGCAAGUUUAACUGGAUAAAGGGUGAGAUCAUUCUACUUUUUUUUUUUUUUCUUUUUAAAGCUUUGCAGUGUCACGGCAAGCCAUCCCGACACAGCAUACAUGUUUAAAGACUGAGUAAUGGAUCCUUAAAGCGGUGCUUUUAAUCCUUGCAAAUAUUGCACUGACUUAUCCCAGAAGAACUUUUUACAAAAAAAGAAGAAAAAAAAAACAAAUCUUUGGGACUUAUUUUUAAUUUACACUUUAGUGGUGAAAAUGAAUUUAACAUAUUUGGAACACUGUUAAUUGUAAAUAGAAUUAAUGUAUUGUGUAUAAAAAAUGAUGCCCUGGAAUUUAACAUCUCAAUUGCUGCUCAACUACAGACUCAGGAUUAAUUUCUAAUUGUGUUUAAUGUAUAAGAAAAGGAGAAUGAAAAGAAACCACAGUCUUUGUUGCAGAAUUGUUGAAACAUUGCUUUGUUUCAUUGCACGAGGCAUCCAAACAAAUGUAACUUGUGACAGUAAUCCCUUAAAGAAACUGUUGUAGGUCAGUCGAUAUUUUUCUGUCUAUAUCUUGAACUACAGACUAAUCUGGUUGGGUGCUUUGCUUCACCAAAAUAACCUUUUUGAUCUUAGCAAUUCUAGAAUCUAACUAGCUUCAUGUUUUCUAAUUAAAGAAAAAAAGAAAAUUGUUACCAAUAAUGUUAUACAAAUGACUGUAAAAAUAAUCGUAUUACAUUUUUAUUUGUUCACUUUUAAAAUGGAAUGGAUGUAUGUUGGUAGGUUUGUUUAAAUCUCCCUAUUUAAGUUUAUAGCUGCAGAUAAAAAUGAUACUGUGAAUUUAUUUUCAAAAGACUACCAUACUGUAUUGAGUUAUGUUUUACUAUAAAAUGGUCCUGUAUCAGGAAA